AUGAAACAAGAUGUAUCAAAUAAUAAGGUAAUACAGAAGACACCCGAUGCGGCUGCACAUUUAGUAUCUGGAGCAAUAGCAGGUUUAAUUUCAGCAAUUACUUUACAACCAUUUGAUUUAUUAAAAACAAGAUUACAACAACAACAAUAUACAAAUAAACAUGAAGUUAGAACAUCACUAGCGAAAGAAUUGAAAAAGUUAACAAAAAUUAAAGAUCUAUGGAGAGGUACAUUACCAUCUACUUUAAGAACUUCAAUUGGAGCUGGACUCUAUUUCACAAUCCUUUCAAAAAUGAGAUCAAAUUGGGCUCUAUAUAAAUCAAAACAUAAUCAUAUAGAUUUAAAAUCUCAAUCAUCAAUUUUACCAAGAUUAACUCCAUGGGAAAAUUUAACUACUGGAUUUGUUGCAAGAGCUAUAGUUGGUUAUAUAACAAUGCCUAUAACUAUAAUAAAAACAAGAUUUGAAAGUAAUUUAUAUAAUUAUAAUUCAAUGUAUGAAGGUGUACUGGGUAUUUAUAUGGAUGAUACAAAAAAGGGAUCAUUAAAAAAUUUCUUUAGAGGGUCAAUUGCUACAUUAGCAAGAGAUUGUCCUUAUGCUGGAUUAUAUGUUUUAACUUAUGAACUGUUUAAAAAUGAUAUUUUACCUUUAGUGGUGCCAAAACAUUUAGGUGGUGAACAUCAUUCAAGUAUAAUUAACUCAACAGCUGCUGUAAUGGGAGCUAUAACUUGUACUACUAUUACUGCUCCAUUUGAUGCAAUAAAAACAAGAUUACAAUUAACAAAAAAUGGUAAUAUAUGGAAUACUUUUAAAUUAUUAAUAAAUGAAGAUGGUGGAUUUAAAAAUUUAUUUAGAGGUUUAAGUUUAAGAUUAGGUAGAAAAGGUGUAAGUGCUGGUAUAAGUUGGUGUAUAUAUGAAGAACUUAUAAAAUCAAAAUUUAUAAGUAAAUAUUUUGCAUAG